AUGCUUACAUUUCAAGGUAUUGCUAUACCCGCAACAACGUAUCACACCUACAUACAUCCCACCUUGAUCGCGCACUUCGACCAAAUACAGUCAGCGCUGGGGAAAGUCACGACCAACAUCAUUGAGAGGUGGUUCUCUGACGAGAGGGCGAAUUUUCCAUCGAGGAUGCCCAUAGAUGAACACGAGGAAGAUGUACUCAGGUGGAUCGCCUCGUCUGGCAUUGUGCCCAGAUAUGCUGGGAGACAAGGUUGUUCGCGCCCAGACUUUUUAUUCACGGCCACUUCUGAAAAUCCAUGUCAGCCCAUUAUUUGUGAGAUCAAUGCCCGCUUCCCAUAUAACUCUUGGUUCUAUGUCGAGGCCGUGACAGAGCCAUUUGAGAGAGCUGGCCUCCAGAAGGGUGGGUUGAAGACAGGCCACGAUUCCAUGGCCUUUGGCGAUGCCGUCGUGAACCUUUUUGAUUCAUCGCGUCCUGGCCACAUCUUGCUGGGCAAACAGUGGAUAGGAUUUGACGUUCAUUUACUCCCGGACAUCUUCAAACAGAGGACCGGGCAGGAGAUGCGGAUAAUCUCACCAUCCGAUCUAAGGCUUACGGAAGAUUCCAGCUCACCAACAGGGUAUCACCUUUCGUGCACCAUCAAGGAUAGCGAGGAAUUAGAGCGAGUGUGGCAGAUCAGCAUGGAUAUGGUACAGGCCGAGAUCCGAGAGUUUACCCCUGAAAUACUGCGCGAGAUUGCUCGAAUUUGCAUCAACGAUCUACGAUCCAUCUUCUUGCUUCAUGACAAGCGCUUCCUGGGGAUUGUGCUUGAGGAACUCGAUACCUUGUUGGAGGCAGGAGUAAUUGAUUCCACGGAAGCUCAGUUGUUAAAAGAAAGCAUUGCGCCUACAUAUGUCCCAGGCUCAGCCGGUUGGCAGGCAGCGAUUUCUUCACCAAAUGCCAAGGAAGAACUGGUGCUGAAAGAUGCUCGUGGGGGAAUUGGAAGAGGCCACACCUUUGGACACAAUGUCACGCAGGAAGAAUGGGACGAGCGUCUGCGAGCGGUUGGCGACGGCAAGCUUGUUGACGGUAAGGGUAAUGCUCUUCAAAGGAAAGUUAACCAGGUCUCCUUUGACAUUUUAAACCUGGCUGGAGAUACCUUCCGGAAGUUGUAUCUCAUCGGAGCAUGGGCAGCCGUCAAUAACCAAUAUCUCGGCAUUACCUCAAUGAGGCUCGGCAACGAUUUAGGAUGUGUGCCGCCAUUAGACAGCGGGGCCAUUCUUUCUGUUACAGCUGCUUCAUAG